AUGCCAAUACCUUUUGCAGCUGUGUCCACAGACCUUGAGGAAGCUCCACGCACUGAUAAGGGAGAAGACGAUGGAUCGUGGAUUGACGAGGAAUUUUUAAAAUACAUUCUGGACCCGAAAGCCACAAUUCUGAAGAUCAAUGUUGAGCGCGCUACGCGCAAAGGUGAUAACUAUCUAAGUGUCAUUCAUCGGGUGAAAGCAGAAUAUAAACUACAAGGAUCUGAUGAAUUAUAUGUCAAGAGUUUCAUAAUUAAAGUCCAUCCACAGAAUGAGUUGGUGGUCAAAUUUCUUGAAGAUCUGAACGUUUUUAAGAGAGAAAUAUCAAUAUAUAAAGAUGUUCUACCUAGUCUGUACGGGUUUGCUGAUAACAAAUUUGGCAAAGACUCCUUUAAACGAUUCUCUGCAGCUUGUUACGAAAUUGAUCGAACAGACAUAUUAAUUCUUGAAGAUCUUAAAUCUCAAGGUUUUGUUAUGGCGUCUAGAAAAGAUCGUCUCGAUUUCACACACGCAAAGCUUGUUACACAGACUUUAGCUCGAUUGCACGCAGUUUCCAUUGCAUACACGGAAAAUAACCCUAGUUUGUUAGCACCAUUUGAAGACUUUAUGUUCUGCGAAAAUAGAAGGGAAACCUUAGAUCAAUAUAUUAUUCCCAUUUUAAAGGGUAUUACUGAAGAGGUAAGGAGGUGGGAAGGUUUUGACGAAAUUGCAGAUAAGUUGGAACGUCUGCAACAAACUAUCGUUGAUAGGAUAAUAAAAGUCGCCAAUUUUAAUGGCUUCCAACGUGCCCUUCUCCAUGCAGAUACUUGGGUAAACAACGUUCUCUUCAAAUACACGGAGAGAGGGGAACCAGUUGAUGUGCGACUCGUUGAUUUCCAAGCAUCCGAGACAAAAUCUCCUGCGUUGGAUUUGCAGUACUUCUUGUUUGCGAGCGUUCGAAAUGAAAUUUUAUUUUUACACUAUGAUGACUUUCUUCUCGAAUAUUACAAUGAAUUGAAGCGCACGGCAAGGAAUCUUCGUUUCGGAGGAAAGCUCUUUACCUUGGAAGACUUGAAACGAGAGAUGAAACGUACUUCUCUCUUUGGAUUCUAUUCUGCUAUUUCGAUUUUGCCCCCACUCUUAGCUGACCCAAAGGACGUGCACGAUGUAGAAACGAUGACAGUGAGCGAGGAUGAAGUCCAGUUUUUUGGAAGCUCGGUAUACGAGUCUCCGGAGUUUCGUCGAUGUUUCGAGCAGCUUUUGCUUCAUUUUAAUAAACAGGGUGUUUUGGACGAGAUCAAGCUAAACCCGAAACCAGCUGCACUCACAAAACAGGAGCAAGAAAGCGAUGGAUCCUGGAUCGACGAAGGGAUCUUAAAGCAGAUUUUGAAACAGGGCGCCUCCAUUCAACGCGUCGACGUGGAACGUGCCACUGGCAAAGGAGACAAUUAUCUUAGUAUUAUUUACCGGGUGCGAGCGGAGUACCAACUACAAGAUUCAGAUCAUGUGCAUUGCAAGAGACUCAUAAUAAAAGGACUGCCAGACGGUGAAUACAUGCUGGGGCUAAUAGAAGAGUUAAAUCUUUUUAGACGGGAAGUCUCCAUUUACAGAGAUAUCCUUCCCAAACUCUAUGCGUUUGCUGACAGUCAACUAGGUAAUGAUUCGUUCAAGAGAUUCUCUGCAGAUUACCACGAGACUGAUCGUGCAGACACCAUAAUUCUUGACGAUCUCAAAUUUCAUGGUUUUGUCAUGGCGUCUAGAAAAGAUCGUCUCGAUUUCUCACACGCUAAGUUGGUCAUACAGAGCCUGGCUCGUUUGCACGCGGUGUCCAUUGCUUAUACAAAGAAAAACCCAAACUUUCUGUCUGAAUUUGAAGAAUUUAUGUACAGCGAAAGUAAUCGAGAAAGACUUUUGGAAUUUAUUCCGCCUACAUUAAGAGACAUUACUGAAGUGGUGAAGAAGUGGGAAGGGUUUGACAAAAUAGAAAAAAAGUUGGAACGUUUACAACAAACGUUAAUGGAUAAACUCAUAGAUAUGUGCAACUUUAAAGGCUUCCAACAUGUUCUUCUUCAUGGAGAUACUUGGGUAAACAAUAUUCUAUUCAAAUACACUGAAACAGGCGAACCAGUUGAUGUGCGGUUUGUUGAUUAUCAAAUAACAAGAAAAAAUUCUCCGGCGUUUGAUUUGCAAUACUUUUUAUUUUCCAGCCUUCAAAGCGAUAUUUUAUUUUUGCAUUAUGAUAGUUUUCUACGCGAAUAUUAUAAUGAAUUAAAGGACACGGUGAACAAACUCGACUAUGGGUGUGAACUUUUUACUUUUGACGAAUUUGACCAAGAGAUGAAAAGAACUAGCUGCUUUGGAUUAUACUCUGCGAUAUCGAUUUUAGCUGUGGUUUUAGCUAAUCCUAAUGAUAUAAUUGAUUUAGAGAAAUUGACUCUGGAAAAUGGAGAGAUUCAAUUGUUUAAUAAAGUUUAUGAGAGCCCCGAGUUUCGGAAAGCUUUCGAGCCAGUUUUGCUGUAUUUUAAUGAACGCGGUGUUUUAGAUUAAAAAUUAAAAAAAAACACAACUGUGGAUCUUGUAAUUUGCUCGACAUUAACCAUUCCGGCAGAAAUACAUAAGAUUUAUGUAAAUAAAACAACUUAUUUGGUUCAUAAUCAUUUCAUAUUAGCAAUAUUUGUAAGCGUAAGUGAUAUUAUAUAGGCUAACAAGGUCUUACGUUUAAGCUAGUUCAUCUUUCCAAAAGAAAAGUCAAAUAUUACCUCCUCACAAUAGUAUGUCAUGAAGUUUUAAAUUUCAGAUGACCCGAAAAUUGUUAGAGCGAAUAUCAGUUUUUAUGCCACUAAGAAACAAUUUAUUUCAUUAUUUUGUAGUAUUUAUUGUAGAUUCAUUACAUUUCUACAUAUUCAUUGUUAUUCAGAUGAUUUAUUACAUUUCAUACGCAUACAUACAUUAACGUUACAAUACAGAUUAACCUGGAAGAUGUUUACACCCGGUAUUUGAAAGAGAAUAACAUCCAGAGUAUAUGCAUGAAUCUGCAAGUUUGUUUUGUAAUUGGUUUUUGAAAAGCAUACUAAUGCGGGAAAUCUUCCUUUAAGACUAGAAUAAUGUUUUCAUUG